GAAAACAAUAAUGAAAACGUCACUGAUAAGGUACAGUCAAAAUCAGCUGUUCUGGUGUAUUUGUUGCUAUGUAAAGUAAAUAAUGUAAGAUCAUUAUUAGGACGCAGUGAAUCGUCGGUAACUUUGAUAUUUGCAAUGUUCAAAACACUGUCGAAAGUCGCCGGUAUCUGCGGUUACGUUAUCCAGUACGGCUGCAUAACGCACUGCACGUUUGAAUAUUUGGGUGAUUUUGUUGUGUGUGUGGGACCGUCAAUGGAACCGACGCUUCAUACCAACAAUAUUCUAAUCACGGAUCGUAUCAGUCCACGGAUGGGGAAUCUACAGCGUGGUGACAUCAUCAUCAGUAGGAAUCCCACGAAUCCGACGCAGCACGUUUGCAAGCGGAUUAUUGGAGUUCCAGGAGAUCGUAUUAUGACUAAAGCCUCGUUCAACCUAAACCCACUGUCCAACACGUAUACCAUUCACAGUACCGUCGUGUCGAAAUCGAUCAAUAGCCCCCCGGGGGGUGAGGAAAAAUUGCGCCAAAAAAUGGAUGCCAUUUCCGAUUCCGUCACUACCGGGCCCAUCCGAAGUGGCGGAGCAGAGAAUAUGUCAUCGGUUUCCGGGACGGAAGAAAACCACCAGUCGGAAAUUCGAAUUGCCAUCGUGACGGUGCCGAGAGGUCACCUCUGGAUCGAGGGAGACAACGUGCACAACAGUUCCGACUCCAGAAACUAUGGUCCGGUUCCGAUCGGACUGGUCAAAAGUAGGGCCGUGUGCCGGAUUUGGCCACUGACGGAGGUGGAGCUGCUUGUUUAGGUUCUAGGUGCUAUAAUUUGGAUCUUUAUAUUAAGUUUCUAUUAGAAAGUCUAGGAGAAAAUUAAAUGAAAAUGGUUUAUAUUUUGAACCAAACUAUUUUUAUGAACUGAA